AUGCUUGGAAAAAUAGCUAUAUUUCUAUUAUUACAAAUAGCUGUCUUAGCUGAAGAAAAGCCAUUUUUGGAUUUGAAGAAAGUAAUUCGGAGUGCUCUUGAUGUUGUAGCGGCGGUACCGACUACUACACCAUCACCAAAUAAUUCUGAUGAUGCAUCACGAUCGAACAUUUCAAAUGGCAUCCAAGAAAGACUUUCAAAACUUUUUCAUAUUCCACCGGAUUUUGUUCAUCGAUUAGCAGCUCAAGCUGGAUUUAUUGAUUAUGAACCAACAACAGCUAAACCACUUCCAAAUUAUUGGUUCAAGUCUAAGCCACAUAUGUCAUAUGUAGUAAAUACAGAAUAUGGUACAGGAUCUGCUUUUAUUCAGGAAGAUGCAUCAUCGAUUGCAUCUAAUUCAGCUAAUGAUUUAUCAGCUAUAGUUGUUCCAGAACAAGGCAAUUCUGUAAACUCAUCACAAAUUAUUUCAAAUCAUAGUGCGUUCAAACAACAAGAUGCCAUUUUGCAAUCUGAACAACAAUUGAUCAUUUUUCAACCUGUAAUCAAAGAUGGUCAUUUAUAUUAUCAACCGUUCGGUGUUUCAUCAUAUAGUGGUCAACCAAAAAUGAUUAUUUUUGGUGGACAAUUAUAUAUGGCUACACCAUUACAAAGCGAAAUAGAUGCACAAGAAAUAACAAUGGAUGGUGAUGGUAUGAUUGCGAAAAAUUCAAGUGAAGUGAUUGAUAAAAAUGGAAACGAUGAUAAAGUAUCAAAUAUAUCAAAUGAAUCAAAUGAAGAAAUGCAUUAUCGUCGUAUUUAUGCGCAACAUAUGAAAGCUGCAAAAGAUGUGCAAACUCAAGCUGCUAAACUUCAGCAAGUCAUUGUACCAGAUGAUUCAUCGAUUGAAAUUCUUGGAAUUAAAAGUAAAGCAAGAACAUCGUCCCCUUAUCGUAAAGUAUACAAAAAGGAACUUAAAAGUUAUAAUGCAAUGAACAAAUUCGAUUUGAAGGAGAAACCGCAAGAAAUUAAUGCCAACUUCUCACAAGAAAAUAUGGCUGAAAAUGAUCAACAUGAAGUUACCAAAUUUCAAGGGAUAAUAUCAGUGACACCAUACAAUCAGUUUGCUAAAAUCCCAAAAUAUUUUGCUGUUGAGAGAGAAAUUUCAAAUUCCUCAUCCAAUCAAUUAUCAUUUAAUCAAAAUUUUAAACAAUAUGAGGAAAUCGACAAUAUAGCAACUGAUAGAAGAGAUAUUGAAGAGAAAACGAUGACAACUCCCAAGCGAACUAAUAAAUUUCGAGCUAAAAUGCUUUCUCGAGAAAAAGUUGAAAAUGAUGCAAAUACUGCAUUUAUGGGUAAUAAUCAAAAAAUGCGACGAAUCUUAGCAUUACGACGUAAAAUGGCUGCUGACAGAAAGAGAUUUGCGGAGCGGAAACAGUUAUUAUUAUCGAUGAAACAGAAGACAAGUAGGGAUGACGAUAUGAAUAAAGAAAUAUUUCGCCGUCAUUGUUACAACAUUCGAUCAUUGGCACAACAAUUUGGUUUCACAGAUAUUAAAGAAUAUGUAAUACUAAAUUGUGCAUUUAUUGAAAAUUAUUAUCCGGAAUUUAAAUGUGAGAAAGCUGAAGUUUCCGUUGAUAAAUGUAAAAGAUUAUUUUGA